AAAAAUUUGAUGGCCCCUUUGUCUUUUUUUUAGUUAAAAAAUGUUUGCCUGUCAAAAGAGACUUUUAGUUUCACGAUUUCAACAAGUGUCUAGAAUUCACAUUUCAAGCGCUCAAUUAGCUGGUAGCGAAUCAGGUUUAUUUGGAAAACUUAAUCCUUGGGCCAAAAAACAAAGCAAAGAAUCAGUUACCCCUGCACAACCUACAACUGAGGAGCCCGUUGUGACAUUUGACGUUAAAUACGAAACCAAGGAAGAAUUUGUGUCUUGGAAGCGAAAAGAAGUUUUAAAUGAUGAAAAAGAAAUCGAAGGCAUCGUCCGAUCUGUUGUUCUUGAGCAUGUUAAAGAUGCCAAUGACCAAAGUUGGAACCAAGUAGCAUUGACCGAUUUGGAUACAAAGUUUAAGAUAUUAAAAGAGAGCAUGAAGCAAACCGGAAAAGAGGUGCCUAAUUAUAAAUUGAACGAAAUAGAAACAACCCAGGAUGUUGUAGCAGCUCUUUUAGACAACACAAAACAAGAAGAAAGCAAGACAAUCAAAGAUAUCCUUACAGAAAAGCAAGAGGAACUCCCCAGUAAUAUAACAUUUAUUUUAGACAGUAAAUAAAGACAUGGAUGUACGUUGACCGAGAUCAUUUAACAGAUUGUGAUGGAUAUUCCAAAUUCUGUCUUUUGAAAAUAUAUUAAAGUAAAUACAAAACAAUUCUUGAUUCUUCA